CCUCCCUCCAGCCAUGCCCUUCCGACUGAAACUGCGGCGCACAAGGCGCUACAAUGUCCUGAGCAAGAACUACUUUGUGACACGGAUUCGUCUGCUGGACAACAAUGUGAUUGAAUGCACUCUGUCAGUGGAGAGUACGGGACAGGAGUGUCUGGAGGCGGUGGCCCAAAGGCUGGAGCUGCGGGAGACACAUUAUUUUGGUCUGUGGUUCCAAGGAAAGACACAGGCCCCGGUGCAGCGAUGGGUGGAGCUGGAGAAACCCCUCAAGAAGCAGUUGGACAAGUUUGGAAAUGAGCCUCUGCUCUUCUUUGGAGUUAUGUUCUACGUACCCAGUGUCUCCCGGCUGGAGCAAGAAGCCACCAGGUAUCAGUAUUACCUGCAGGUGAAGAAGGAGUUGCUGGAUGGACGUCUCCCCUGCACAGUUGAGCAGGGGAUCAGACUAGCUGGCCUAGCAGUACAAGCUGACUUUGGCAACUUCACACAGUUCAGGUCUCAGGACUUCCUCAGGGAGUACGUGCUCUUUCCAGUGAACUGGCCAAAUGGAGAGGAGGUGCAAGAGGAGUGGACUCAGAAAGUUGCCGAGGAGCACAAGAGUCACUGUCGUAUGCUGACAGCUGAAGCAGAGCUGCUGUACAUCAAGGAGGUAGAGAAACUGGAUGGCUUUGGUCAUGAGAGCUUUCCUGCUAAGGACAACUACACCAACGAUAUUUUCAUCGGCGUGUCCUUCAUUGGAGUGUUUGUCAAACACCGAAAUGGCAGAUCCAUCAUGCUCCACAAGUGGAAAGACAUUGGUACCAUAGCACACAACAAAUCAGCCAUCACAGUGGAGAUAACAAGCAGAGACGACACCAUCAUUUUUCACAUGGAGGAUAUGGAAAUGGCCAAGUACAUCGCUCGUCUUUUCACGGCCAGACACAAGUUCUACAAACAGAACAAGAUCUGUGCAGAACCGACUCAUUCACCUGCACCAAUCAGGAGGCGACCCACCUGGACCCACCGCCUCUCUCUGCCACGGCCCCAGUCCUGUAACUUCCAGACAAUGCAUUCCCAGUAUGGAGAGCAUUACCAGGACACACAGAGCUCUCAAGACAGCAUCUUCCAUGACGACACCUACUACAAGUCAGAGAGCAGUCUGGACCGCUGCCCAGUGGACUUUCCUUUUCGAAACGGCACCGUGCCCAAUGGCAGCAUGUACAGCAGCCCCAGCCUGGGCUCCCUCAACCACUCCCAGACUUUCGUCCCACCCUCGCCCAUGUCCUCCAACCUUAGCAUCCCAGGCAGUGAGCUCAUGCGCCCAGACUACAUCCCUAGCCACCGCCACAGCGCCAUCAUUGCUCCGUCCUAUCGACCUACGCCUGAGUAUGAUGCUGUCAUGCGGCAGAAGCGGCGUAUGCUCCCAGCUCACCAUGACCUCCACAGCCAAUCGCUGCGUAGUCUAAACAUCAGUAAUGCCUGUGCUUACCGCCAGCCUGAGGCUCUGGUGUAUAGCCAGCCAGAGAUGAGGGAGAGGGCCCCUUAUCAUGGUCAUGGCCCCAGUCCAGGACCUUAUGCCCCACAGAUCAGCUACAGUAAGCCAGUGUCCCAUGGCCCCCAUCAGGGAGGACCAGCCAGCAGCCAGGGGCCCUGUCAUUCACCCUGUAUUAAUGGAGGUGGAGGCAGCAGUGGCAGUGGAGGUGUAGGAAGCUCAAUCUCUCACACUGUCAGCACACCUGAGUUGGCAAAUACAAAACAACAGGGGGCAAACGCAGGAAGCUAUGCAGCUACAGCUAACAUGCUGAGAAACCACAUGUCACGCCCUCCUCCGCCUUACCCUUCCAGCUCUUUCCGCCCGGCCACCAGCACACCAGACCUGGCCAGCCAUCGUAACCGCUGCAUCGGGGGCAGCAGUCCAGAGCUGGUAACGCGCAUGGUGCAGCUGUCAGUCAAGACCUUCCAGCCGGACAGUUCGGCCGUGGUGCACCAGUCCUUGCAGGAGGUCAGUGAACCGUUAACUACUGCUGCUAAACACCGCUCCACCCUGGGUAAAAGACACAGCAUGGAGGUGAUCAGCAGCAUGAGAGGAGGAGGUGGUGGGAUGGAAGGCAUGGCGAUGAAGGGCAUGAAUGCACAGCUUCAUCGGAGGAAUACUCUCAGAGAACAUGUGAUGCCCCCUCAGCCUCAGCCCAUGCCUCAGCCUCAGCCCCAAACCCCUCAGCCACAACCCCAGCCUCCACCUCAGCAGCCAAAAGAGUUGCCUAUGCAGAUGCCUGCUCAGAAAGCGCAAGAAACAUCUGUAACGCCACCAGGGCCCGUGUCCUACCAACAUCAAAAGACUCUCUCCAACGCUACCAUGUUGAUCCACAGCAGUGAGAGUGAAGAGGAAGAGGAGGAGGAAGAGGAGGGGCCUGAGUUGGAUGUUCAAAUCCCAGGUCUCAAUGAGGACAUCAGCAUCAGUGCUCAGCUCCAGGCUGCUCUGGCUAAACUGCCCAACAAACCCCCUCCAGAGUACCCUGGUCCCCCCAGACCUAAUAGCAAUGUUCAGAUACGCACGCACACCCACAAUCACAACCACACCCACCACCGCAACCACAAUCAAGGACCACAGAGCAACCAGGGACCAAUGGACCCAAACCAAGCCCAGUGUCGUGUGCCCAAACCUGGGCACAGCCAGGGUGGUGGUGGGCCUGGAGGUGGUAGUGGUGGUACAAGUGCUGGUGGGACACUGACCAGAGGGGACCAGGGUGGGGUGAAUGGAGCAGUUUUAGGUCCAUCUAUUUCAGAACCAGACCUGACCAGUGUGAAGGAGAGAGUGAGGAAGGAGCCACUCAAAGAGAGGCCAGUGUCAGAGAUGUUCUCCUUGGAGGACAGUAUAGUUGAGAGGGAAAUCGCUCAGAGGACGCUGGAAAGGCAAAAGAUGUCUGUGGACUCCAUGAAGAGACCGCUGAUGAUGGCUGCCCUCAACGGCCUCUACGUGGCCCGAAUGCCUGUCCCAGAGUGUCCCGGGGAGGAAGGUGCCAAGGCUGCUACAGACGAACGGUGUAAGACCUUAGAAUUGAAACUGGAAGAGGAGCGGGUCUUCACUGAGUAUGAGCAGGUGCUCAAGAAGAGGGCAGACUGUGUUCUCACCACGGCAACCCUGCCCGAAAACACAGAGCGCAACCGUUUCCGUGACGUUGUUCCGUACGAACAGAAUCGGGUUGAACUUGUACCCAACAAGGAGAACAACACAGGCUACAUCAAUGCCUCGCAUAUCAAGGUGAUGAUCAGAGGGGAGGAGUGGCACUACAUUGCCACCCAGGGCCCACUCGCCAGCACCUGUGCAGACUUCUGGCAGAUGGUCUGGGAGCAGGGGGUCAACGUCAUUGCCAUGGUUACAGCCGAGGAGGAGGGUGGCAGGUCCAAGAGUCACCGCUACUGGCCCAAACUGGGCUCUAAACACAACUCGGCCACUCAUGGCAAAUUCAAGGUGACGACCAAAUUUCGCACCGACUCAGGCUGCUACGCCACCACGGGGUUAAAGGUCAAACACCUGCUGUCUGGCCAGGAGAGGACGGUCUGGCACCUGCAGUAUACUGACUGGCCGGAGCAGGGCUGUCCUGAAUAUGUCCAGGGAUUCCUCUCUUACCUUGAGGAGAUCCAGUCUGUGAGGAGACACACCAACUCCAUGCUGGACACAUCAAAGAGCCUCAAUCCUCCGGUGGUGGUGCACUGUAGUGCUGGGGUGGGUCGUACCGGAGUGGUCAUCCUUACUGAGCUCAUGAUCAGCUGCCUGGAGCACAAUGAGCCAAUGGAGGUUCCCGCCAUGUUGUCAGAGCUGAGGCAGCAGAGGAUGUUGAUGGUACAGACAAUCUUGCAGUAUAAGUUUGUCUACCAGGUCCUCAUCCAGUUCCUGAAAAACUCCCGCCUCAUCUGAGCCCGGGCUCCUGCCCUCUGACCUUGCAUGACACAGUAGAUGAUGACAAUGGUACUUAAAAUAAGGACUGUAUGACAGAUCCAGUAUAACUAUUAGCUGGCUGGAAGCAGAUGCACAGUCAGAGUUUUCUAUGUGGCAGUUCUAUGUGGAUUUGUGUACAAACUCACCUCAAGGGAGGAAAGGAUUUGUUUAGGCCUGUAUAGAAACAUGCAACCAUUUCUCCCAAUCAAGUUAUUAACCCCCCCCCCCCUCCUGGGUUUUAAUCUUGGAUCUGGUCCUUCUACGUGGAGCAUGCGCAUUUGUGCAUUUUCUUCAUGCAGGUCAGGUGAAUAAGCAGCUUGUCUUUCCUGCAGGCAUGAACGUGUUUGUCUAUGUGUUGAGAAAUUAGAAUCUCAGUCAUAGUUUAGACAGUUUUCCUGCCUGCUACAUUUCUCUCUCAUUAUUUAGCCAUUAUUAGAAAUGGCAGAAUGCUGUAUGAA